AUGGCGGGAGAGGUGACCCCGCCCACUGAGGUGUUGACGGUUUCACAGCAUGGCGAGGCUUGUGAUGCACCACCUCCCUUCUCUCCAGUAUCUGGCUUGAUGAAAACUUCAGAAACCGAAAGAGUCAUCCACGUGAAAGAGGACAGUGAUGUUGUUUUACCGUGUUCCCUCAGCACCAAGGAGAACAUCGAGUUCAAGCUGUUUGACUGGAAGAAAGCUGCUCAGAAAGAUGAACCUAUGAAGGAGGUGUUCUUCUACGAUGCAGGCGUCCAUCACAACAAUGGACGUGAAGUUAUUGUUCAUAUUGUGUUUACAGGUGCUUGUCCAAAACCAUCUGUCAGAAUAUUUGAUCAGACAAAGGAUGGGGUGCUGCUGCAGUGUGAAGUUAAUGGUACUUACCCAAAACCAGAACUCCAGUGGAAGGAUAGCGCUGGAAACAAUCUGACUGCUGGAGAGCCACAGGUCACAGAAAUAACAGAAAAGGAUGGUACACGCUACGAUGUUACCCUCAAAAUCACAGUGACCAGGAGUGACUACUUCAGAUGCGUUGCCACACAACCUGAAAUCUACAAUCAGAUUGCAUCUGAUAAGAUCUAUGCGUCUCCCAAGGUGAAGAACAGAUUCCCCACAUGGAUAAUCGUAGGGUUGGUUCUCGGAUUGGUGCUUUCUGUAGUGGCUGUUGUAGCUUGUUUCAAACUCAGCAGAAAAUCAAAAUAUGUCAAAGCUACGGUAAGUUUAUACAGAGAGCCACCGACUUGUAAAACAGGUCCUCAUCAUGAAGAAAAUGUUUCAUGUGACCUAGAACCUGGCAUGACCCUAAAAGUUUUACACAGCGUCCCAACUUUUUGGGACGCUGGAAGUGCCUUCAGAAGUCCAGCAGGGGGCGCCACCAUCCGGCCCUAUCUAUCUCAAGACAAAAUGAGACGACUUCUAUGGAAGCCCAUUUCAACAAGUUAUGAAAAUAAAUAGUAAAACUUGGCACUUUUUCUGUCCUUUUUUGCCCGUAUUAAGUCGAAAUUAUGAGAUAAAAGUCAAAAUAAUGGGAUAAAUAAGUCAAUAUAAUGAGAUAAAAGUCAAAAUUAUGAGAUAAAAAAAGUCAAAAUAAUGAGAUAAAAAAAGGCAAAUUUAUGAGAUAAAGUCAAAAAUAUGAAAUAAAAAGUAAAAACUAUGA